AUGUAUUUUAUUAUUUUUCAGAUAAAUUUGGUAGUGUGUCAGCUAUUAUCACUACCAUUAGCUUAUUUACACUAUACCAUACUGAGUCCAGCAAAUGUCACACGAACAACACGUAUUGCUUCACCGGCAAUCAUUGGCCUAGUUUUUUGCUAUUUCUGCUUUGGCAAGACUGUCUUUCUAUUUUCGAUGGGCUAUCUUGUUUUUAUACACUGGUAUAGAUGGUACAUCUUAACAACUUACUCAAUUGAUAUUACUGGCCCCAUGAUGGUAGCUGUACAAAAAGUGACGGUACUUGCAUUUUCAUUACACGAUGGUAAAGUCAAGAAAAGUGAUGAACUGAACGAUAUACAGAAAAGAGAAGCCCUCAGGUCGGUGCCGAGUGUGCUGAAUUUUCUAAGUUAUGUGUUUCAUUUCCAGUCUGUAUUAGUUGGCCCACUGUGUUUUUACACUGACUAUAUGUCAUGGAUUGAUGGAACAGCUGCCAUUGGAAAAGAUGGAAAG